AGUCUUUAGAACCCUCCAGAACCCGUUUUCCCUUAUAUCUCCACUGCGUUCCACUGGUCCAUCAAAUCCCUCCACAGCACACAAUCAAAUCCCCUCUCACCGCCGUAACACCGCCGUGAAAUGGCCCGUUUAGGAGAAGGAGACAAACGCUGGAUCGUCGAAGACCGACCUGACGGAACCAACGUUCACAAUUGGCAUUGGGCUGAAACUGAUUGUCUCGAAUGGUCACGUAAUUUCCUUAACAAUCUCUUAUCAAACAAAACCCUAAUUGACGGUGAAGGCAACCUCAAAAUCCGAACAAAAAACCUCGAAAAACUCGAAGGUGAAGCUUACGUUAAUAUCCGAAAAGGGAAAGUAAUUCCAGGUUAUGAAUUAAACUUAAUUCUGUCUUGGGAAGGUGAGGUUGUAAAUGAAGGUGGUUUGAAAUUUGAAGGGAAUGUUGAAUUACCUUAUAUAGCUGAUGAGAAUGCUGAUGAAGAUCCAGAAAUUAGGGUUACGAUUAAAGAUGAAGGGCAAAUUGGGAAGAGAUUAAGGGAUGCAUUUAUUGUUAAAGGAAAGCCUUUUGUUUUAGAGCAAAUUAGGGUUUAUGUUAAUGCUAUGUCAAAAGGGGGUCCUUGUAAAGAUGAAAAUGACGUGAAAAAAGUGGUAAAAAAAGCGGUCAACGCCGGAGACGUUGGAACUCCGGCGUUGACUCCGGUGAAGGAGGAGGUGAAGGUGAAAAAGGAGAAGAAAAAGGAAGGGUUUAAGACGAUAACGAUGACGGAGAAAUUUAGUUGUAGGGCUAAAGAUUUGUUUGAGAUAUUGAUGGAUGAGAAUAGAUGGAAGGGAUUUACACAGAGUAAUGCUAGGAUAAGUAAGGAGGUUGGUGGGGAGUUUAGUAUAUUUGAUGGAUCGGUUACGGGGAGUAAUGUGGAGUUGCAAGAAGGGAAAUUGAUUGUUCAGAAAUGGAGGUUUGGUAGUUGGCCUGAUGGUAUUCAGUCCAUGGUCCGAAUUACCUUUGAGGAACCUCAAUCUGGAGUUACAGUUGUCAAGCUGACACAUACAGAUAUACCAGAGGAAGACAGAUAUGGUAAUUCAACUGUUGUGGAGAAUACAGAGAGAGGAUGGAGAGACCUUAUUUUCCACAGGAUCCGGGCUGUUUUUGGUUUUGGAAUCUAAAUUCUCUAUAAGUGUGGAAUUUUACAAUUUAUGCAAAAUGUAUGAGGAUCAGGCACUAUUCUUCUGGACACCAUGGACCUAAGAAUCCGGUUCAACUGAGUUUUUCUUUAGUUGAUUGUCAGGUUUUCCGAGCUUAAUAACUCAAUUUAAAGGUGAACUUGUAGAAUUUGUCUUCAAUGGAACUUAUUCUAUUUAUGUUCAAUGGAACUUAUUCGUUUUUGCUA